AUGAUUGCUACAGCUAGACUGUUUAGCAAGGUGUCAAGGACAGCCACUCGGCCCAUUGCUUCGGGGGAGAUCACAUCGUUUCAGGCUCUGGUUUUCGUCGGAGGCCAGCUGAGUUUAGCGCUGGGGGUUCUGCUCUGCCUCAAUUACUACAGCAUAGCUCUUGGAGCCGCCUCUUUGUCGCUGCUGGUUACAUACCCUCUCAUGAAGAGAAUCACAUACUGGCCAGUUUGUUUUAGGUGUCUCACUUUUAAUUGGGGUGCUCUUCUGGGUUGGUCUGCUGUGAAGGGAUCAUGUGACUGGUCUGUGUGUUUACCUCUCUAUGUAUCUGGUGUUAUGUGGACAUUGAUUUAUGACACAAUCUAUGCCCAUCAGGACAAAGAUGAUGAUUUAAAAGUGGGCGUGAAAUCUACAGCUCUGAGGUUUCAGGAGAACACCAAAUUGUGGCCGAGUGGCUUCACUGGGGUGAUGCUGUCAGGGCUGGUUCUAGCAGGAGCUAAUGCUGACCAGACUUUGCCCUACUAUUGUGCAGUGUGUGCAGUGGCCAUUCAUCUAGCACAUCAGAUCUACGCUGUGGACAUCAACAGACCUGAGUACUGCUGGAAAAAAUUUGCUUCAAACCGAAACCUCGGACUGCUUUUAUUUUUAGGAAUAGUGACUGGAAACUUAUGGAAAAAGAGAAACGAUCAUCAGUAUGAAACGCAGCUAAACUCCAUUUCAAAUUAGAACGCAUGCCGAUUUUGUGACAUGGAAUACCACCAUUGAUUUAGGAAACGUAUGUAAACCAGUUAGUUUUAAAAUAUUUAUUAAAUGGCUACAAACA